AUGAUCUUAAAGCUAGAAUCAAGUGCUGAGGAGCUUAAAGAGAAAAAUAAAGAAUUGGAACAGCUAACUUGUUUGCUUGAGGAUGAGACCAUCACUACAUUUGAAAAUGGCAAAUAUGUAGAUGAGGUGCGGGACGUUAUCAUGGACCUUCUUGCUAUGAAUGUUUCUAUGAGCAAAGUGAAUGAAGUGAUACGUACAGUAUUACAGAAAUUAGCUGGAAAGAACAUAUCAAGGCUUCCCAGCAAGGCAGUCCACUCACGUCUUCUAGUUGAGGCCAAACACCUUGCAGAUGUCCAGCUUGGGAGAGCAAUGCUAGAAGAGGCUGACCCAUCUCAGGUAAUUGGAAAUACCCUUCAUGGAGAUGGUACAACCAAGUAUCAUCGACAUUAUCAAGAUUUUGAAGUUACCACUCCAUCUUGCCAAACAUAUUCAAUGGGCCUUCUUGAGUUGGGGAAGUCGGACACAGAGGCAAUCAUGGAUGCCUUUAAGCAUCGAGUGGAAGAAAUUGUGCAGGCCUUAAGUAGUGGUGAUGAGAAGGCAUCAGUUGAAAACAAAGUUGCUGAAUUAGUGACAUCAAUUAAGAGCACCAUGUCUGAUCAAGGGCCAACAAAUGCCACUUUCAAUGAACAAUUGACUGAAUUGCGAAAGGACUUUCUUCCAAAGGUGGUGGAGAAAUGGCAAGACCUGACAGAAAAUUCUAAAAAAUCUCUAGAGGAAAUGGGGAACUUUUAUUGCAAACUUGCUUGUUAA